AUGAACUAUGAUCAUCAGUUUUUGGUGUGGAACUGUGGAGGUGCUAGUAGCAGGAGGUUUGAGAGAAGUUUAAAGUUGCUAGUGCAGGAAAGGCGACCGGUUUUGGUGGGUCUUUUGGAGACUAGAGUUAGUCAUACCAGGGAAGAGGAAGUGUUCCGUAAAAUAGGGUUAACCAACUUUGUGGCUGUGCCAGGAUCAGGAUUUUUUGGUGGUAUUUGGGUGGCUUGGAGAGAUGAUGAGCUGAAGUUUUCAGUGCUAAAAGAAAAUGUGCAAUAUGUACAUUUGGCAGUAAAGGGGCCGAGUAAUUUGGAGUGGGUGGUUACUAUUGCCUAUGUUGGGCCAAGGGAAAGAGAUAAAUGUUUGUUCUGGGAAGAAAUGUUUCAAUUUACUUUAGUUUCUACGAGCCCUUGGUUUCUCUUGGGGGACUUUAACGAUAUUAGAGACCAAGGGGAAAAGAAGGGAGAAGCGCCUAUUCUGUUAAGGAGAUGUGAGUUGUUCAAUGAAAGAAUUAAUAGGUGCAGCUUGAUGGAUGUCGGUACUUGGGGAAAUAGAUUCACCUGGAAGGGGCCGAUUCUGCAGGGUUAUGAGAGAAUUUUUGAGAGGCUGGAUAGGGGUAUGUGUAAUGUAAAUUGGAGAUGCUCCUUUCCAAAUGCGAUGAUAAAAGUUUUGACUAGAAUAGGGUGUUCUGACCAUAAUCCUCUGUUGCUUUGUUUGGGAGAGAGAAAUAAGCCUAGUGGCGAACGCCCUUUCAGAUUUGAAGCGGCAUGGUUGCUUCACAAUAACUUUGAGGAAAUGUUGCAGAAGAACUGGAAUGGGGAAGGUAAAUUUAAUGGACGACUUAAUAAUUUGCAUGAUAGUCUUAUUUCUUGGAACCGUGAAGUGUUCAAAAGUAUUCAUAAAAGAAAGAAGCUUUUGAUUGCAAGACUAGAUGGAAUCCAAAAGAAAAUCAGCAAUUGCAAUAGACCCAUCCCUUCCUUAAUCAAACUGGAGGAUAAUUUGCAGAAAGAACUUGAAGAUGUGCUGAGUCAAGAAGAGAUACUGUGGUACCAGAAAUCUAGAAGAGAGUGGAUUAACAAUGGAGAUAGAAACACUAAGUUCUAUCAUGUUCGAACUCUUGCUCGGAGAAGGAGAAAUAAGCAAGAUUUAGGGGUGACUAAGAACCUGAUGAUCACCUUUUCCACUUUACCAUCAGAGAUGGAUAGAGACAUUGUGGAUGAGGAAGUGAGGGAUGCCAUGUUUUCAAUUGGAGCCUUUAAAGCCCUCGGUGAAGAUGGUUUCCCUGCUAUUUUUUUCCAAAGAGAAUGGGAGUUUAUAGGCCUUGAUGUGAGUGAGUUUAUGAAGAAACUCUGGCGAAAUGAGGAAGAUUUGCAAGAAGUGAAUAAGACUUUGCUAGUGUUAAUUCCUAAGGGAAAGGUUGGCUAUUUUGCUAUUAAAAUUGAUUUGGAAAAAGCCUAUGAUAGGCUAAGGUGGAGUUUUAUUGAGGAAGUCUUGGGUGAGUUGGGCUUAGCUGAGGGGUUCAAGAAGUUUUUAAUGAGGUCUAUUACCUCUGUCUCUAUGCAAGUGAUAUGGAAUGGUGAGAAGACUGAAGAUUUUAACCCCUCUAGAGGGAUUCAACAAGGAGACCCCUUGUCCCCCUAUAUUUUCGUUCUUGCUAUGGAAAAAUUCAAGGGGCUAAGGAAGGAGGGCGAUGGCGAGCCUUUAAGGGAAGCUUCAGAAGAACAAAUGAGGUUAACUAUGAAGUGUCUGGAGCAUUUCUGUGAUAUUUUUGGACAAAAGGUUAAUACUGGUAAGUUAGCACUCCUUUUCUCCAAGAAUGUCUCGCCUGAGACUAGGAGGAAACUGGUUGAUCUCUUUGGUUUUGUCGAAACAGAUGAAUUAGGAAAUUACUUGGGUAUUCCACUCAGUAAUACAGGGGGGAAAUUGAAGAAUUAUGGCUAUGUAUUAGACAAGGUCAAGAGAAGAUUAGCUAAUUGGAAGGUUAAUUGCUUAAGUAUGGCUGGCAGAAUUACCCUAGCAAAGUCUGUCAUGGGAGCGAUUCCUAUUUACCCAAUGAUGGUGACCUUGUUACCUAAAGGUCUUCUAGAGGAGGUGGAGCGGGUGCAACAGAAUUUUAUAUGGGGCCAUAAGGAGGAAACCCGUAAGGUGCACCUAGUUGGGUGGGAUACUAUUAAGAAACCAAGGAGGAAUGGAGGACUAAGGGUGUUGAGCCUAACUGAGAUGAACCAGGCUUGUUUACUAAAGAUGGCAUGGAAGCUGAGGAAUAAGUCCUGUGGUCUCUGGGCAGAAGUUUUGAAAUGGAAGUAUGAUUCUGGUAAUGAGCUCUCUUCAAUCCUUUAUAUUCCAAAGGUUGCCUCUCCUCUAUGGAGAGAUAUUGGUGUGGUAUGGGAGGUGUUAAAUGCUUACUCUUGGAAGGGGAUUGUUGAUGGUAAAGAUACUUCUUUUUGGCUUGAACCCUGGGUGGAUAAGGAUACUUAUCAACUCCUGUGUGAAAGAGGUCGAUGA